UAUCCGUGAAUGAUUUUGUAGAAUCUUGUCUUGACAUGUUUUCGUUUUGCUAAAAACAGGAUCAGGAGAAACGCCUACGUCAGUGGUUUUCCUGUGGUGUGUGUAUAUAAAGUGAAGCCGACUUACAGCACCGGUGUCACUCGAACAAGAUCAUCAUUUGUAGCAUAACUCCUGUGACCAUGUCGACGAACCAACAAACAAAGCGUGCCAUUAAGAGGUUGAUGCAGGACCUAUCGGAGCUGAGGAGGGAACCGGUGGAGAAUGUGUCGGCGUAUCCACUAGAUGCCAAUAUGUUUGAGUGGCACUGCAAUUUUAAGCAUGAAGAUAUCAUCUAUCACCUUCUAUUGUUCUUUCCCGAGAACUACCCUUACGACAGUCCAAGUGCGGAAUUUGUUCCAGUAGGGUUUCGGUACAAUAGUGGUGCAACAAAGCCAGGUAAAAAAGGAACCAAAGUGUGUCUGGAUAUUUUCUCUGACUUCGCCGAUAUCCACACGGAGUGGAAGGAUCAGAAGUCUGUUGGCUGGUCUCCAGGAUAUACCAUACAAACCGUCCUCCUCAACGUAGUGGCCUUCCUUGCCGAGACCCAGUCUGGAGACAGUUACUGGAUGCAGGACGCAACGAAAGUCAACCUGAACCUCUCACAGAAAUUCGUUUGUGACGAUUGCGGUCAUACCUAUAAGAAGCCAUUUCCCUCGUUAGAUCACGGUAAACCAGAAACGAAGAAAAAAGUCGAUGCAAAAUCAAAGAAAGGUGAACCGAUACCUGGAAUAAUCGAUUACAUGUCCAAGGAGGUCUUUAACAAAGGAAUUCCGAAGAGCGAUUCGGAGUUGUUCGGAUACGGGCUGAUUGUCUCUGGGCCAAAACACAGGCCCUCCCUGACCACACCUUGCGAGACACUUUCCCUGGAGUCGUAUGAGAGCAUGAAGAAAGCAACCGGAAGUGUGAAGAGCGUGAUGCGAGAGGAUAUCAGCUACUUCUUGCCUAUGUUUAUACAUCCGCCCCAUGGGAAUAAAAUCAGAGAGGUGUUUGAAUCGACUCUGAAAGAGUGCGCCGUCAUUCUUCCGAAAUGUAACCCAAAGAAAACUCCCAUUGAGGAAAUGGUGAUAAAGGUUAUCCCAAAUCUGAUGAGCGCCACCGUCGUCGAGUUUAGCAAGGGGACGCAACACACCAGUGACAAUGCCCUGAAUGGGUACUUCACUCUGCACAGACUAUUGCUGUGGGCGUUGGAUACCUACCCCACCCUACAAAAGGAAAUCGACAACAGACUCAAGACGUUUAUCGACAAGGAGGAAGAAAGAACAAAGAAGGCAUGUCCACAUAUUGGGGAGUGGCUUAUGUUGUUGACAGCUUCCUCCAAAUACAGGUGGGAGGGCGCUGCUGAUGCGUACCUUUCCGAGAGCUGGAAGCGUCAUGUGAUGUGGUACGUGAAAGACGACUCCCAGCUUGGAUUCCUCGACACAGACAAGAAAAUUCGAAUCAAGGAAACUUUUGAACGAACACAAGUCAGCCGAAAACUGCUUGCCUUCCAGGUACUGUUCCUUGACAUCGCUAUGCCAAAAGGAAUGAGCCGGGAUGCCAUGAAGAAGCGGUAUGAUGAUAACAUGGGAUUCCCAACAAACCAAAUGGUGGCAAAUAUGAAAAUUUCUAUCCAAAAAAUCGGCGACGCCAAGACAUACCAGGACUGGUUUAAGGUGGUAAACCUGGAACCUCCCACGGAUGACGAGAUCUACAACCGACUGGUGGCGUCCGUCAAGUACGCCAUAUACACUAACGGCUACCACUGGACAUUUUGGAAGACAGGUGGUGGAUGGAAUGCUGUGCUGGCCAAGUACAAACCAUAUGUGCCAAAGGAUAAGACAGCCAAAGAUGAUGAUGAAGCUGGAUCAAGUAAGGGUUGCAAAGGGAAAGGAAAAGGAAAAGUUAAAAAGGCUGAGAGUUCAGACGACGACGAGGAGGAUGAACCAGCUCCAGCAAAGCCGGUUGGCAAAGGGCGUGGCAAAGGAAAGGCAGCACCUGUACCAAAACCAGCACCCAAAGGCGGAGGCAAAGGAAAGGCAACACCUGCACCAAAACCAGCACCCAAAGGAAGAGGCAAAGGAAAGGCCAAAGUUGUACUCCAAGACAGUGACAGCGAAGAUGAGAUGGAGGUAGAGCCAGCCCCUGCUAAAGGACGCGGAAGAGGUCAGAAGAGGAAAGCUGAGGAACCAGCAGGUCCGAAGGCUAAAAAGGGAAAACCUGGGAAAGCUGCAGCAGCUCCGAAAGGGAGAAAGAAGUAAAAUGAUGUAAAAGGAAAUGACGAGUUUCUGUGAUAUACUUGGAAAGUUUGAGGAUGUCAAUUUUGUUUGCAGGUUUUUUUAAUGGAUAUGAUGAUUUUAUAAUUGUUUGUUUCUGACAAACAAUUUAUUUCCUUACAUGGGUGUGAGGUUUUAAAAAGUAUGGUGUAUAUUAUUUUUUAUCUAAGUGAUACUUGUUUCUGCCAUAUGAUAGAAAAACAACUAUAAAUACGUAUUAAACGUAUUUCGAAUUUAUCUAUCUUAUGUACUUAUUAUUUCAGAAUGUAAUAUUGUGCAUCAUAGUCUCGAUAAUCCAGCUGCCUUUAUUUGCUUCCGUUUAAAUGGCCGUAUUAUGAAAUAUUUUUGUAUUAUAGGAAUACAUUUACAUAUCGAAAAGAACAUUUUCACGAAUUACUGACUCGAUAGUGUGAAACAAGUUGGACAAUAUACAUAUCUGGCAAUUACACUGCAUUGCUAAAGUAUGAUAAUUAAACUUAUUCCUACAUGGAACGUUUGAAAGUGUUUAAUAGGUGUCUGGUGUGGUUGUUAGGAAAGUCGCAAGGAUGUGAAAGACAGAACAUAGCAUAAUCAUAUUCAUGAAGAACAUAGCAUAAUCAUAAUCACGAUACAUCUUUUCCAUCAUUGUGUAUAAUAUCUGAGUUUGUCAUGAUCAGAUAGAAAAACGCUGCCAGUUAAUUUAAAGACUAAUACUUAUGACAGAAUAAUUGAGAGCUGCACCUUUGACAAGUUUUUUUUUAAAAGAAAAUGUUUUCCAACAUGGCGACUCCUGCUAGAAAACAGGAAGUUGAUCAUAACAAAUAGACACCUCCCUAGCUUCUUCUUCUAGCGGAUGUCGAAGUUUCGGGGUCGUUAGCCAAUGGGGUUGGGGGAGGAGUUAGAAUGUGUGAUGUAGGACGUGGGAGGGGUGUGGAGUUGGGAUUAUUCGGACGUCACAGAUUUUACGAAACAUUGCUACUGUUAAUGAGAUUCCAAUCCCCCAGUCUUUGGAUCGCCCCUAGUAAUAUCUUGGGGGGCGUCUUGGUGUAGGAAAUUGUCUUCUUUUUUAAGACAUUUUCUGAAAAAAAAAGCUGGUUGCUGAUUCUUAACUUACAAUCACAGAUUUUAUGUCAUAGUAAUAUUGAACAUAUGUACAUCACGCUUACAAUCAAUUAAUUUAUUCAAAAUUAUACAUAUAAUUUAAUAUAUGUAUUUUGCAUAUUUGUUAUAUUAUAUAUUUAAUAUUUGCUCAGUGUCCAUGCUGGUACACUAAUGACAUCACAAUCAUCAGAGAAUUGUUAAUGCCUUAUUUAAAAAAAUCCAGGUAAUAUUGUAAAGUCUAGUAUGAAAACAGACAUUUUCUCUAUAUCUAAUUUGGUAGUUACCUACAUACUUUUCAUGAGCUGAAGUUUUCAUGGGUUGAAGCAGUCAUACUGGAAAUACUUCGUCCUGUAUUUAGAAACGGUUCCUGAUGGCUUUCCUUUUGUUUGGAUGUUUUAUCAUAUCCUUCAGAUCUUUCUACAUCGACUUUCAAUUUCAGUCUUAUACUUGUUUGUUGAUCCACAGGAUUUUUUCCAGAUUUUUAUCCAAAUCUUAUUGACUGAUCAGUCUAAGUGGACGAAACGGCCUUUUUGUGCAGCAUAAUGGUAUACUUUGUUUAAAUUUCAGCAUCGAAGCACCAAUUGUUUAAAUGGAUGCUUCCUUGCAUCGUAUUUUCAUUGUCCUGUUAGCCCUUUCACCCUAGGUAACUUUAGUAGACUCUUCCAUAGCUUUAUUUGGAUGAGUCCAUUGGGGUCCACAGUGGUUAAGAUGUGUAUAGAUAUUAACGUGCAUAUUCAUAAUUUACAAAUACAUUUGGAUAAGGUAUCCCGAGUACUGUUUGCACACCAAUAAUGCAAAGCAAAAUAAUGUCACUCUCAUUUUAGAGGUAUGUAUUUAUUUUAUAUUUUUACACUACUUUGACCAUUAUGUUGCCGUGGUUAAGCUCAUUUGGUGAUAAAAUGAGUUGUUCAAUUUCAAAUAUUUCAAUUUGUCACUAAUCUCAUUGGUUCAUCUGUCCAUUAACUUUGACUUAAUAUUCAAUCAUUAAAUGCAGAGCGAUAUUAUUGAUUUCGUUUGAUGUGUCCAUUGACAUUUUAGUUUGCACUGCAUUGGAAAGACAGACAAUGAAUAUACUAUAUUGAGAAUAAUUUGAGUUCGUGAGCGAAACAAAACCAGUUCAAAUUUUAUUAUUUUUCAUUCUUUUUAAUUAGUCGAAAAAUGUUUACGUAUUUUUUGUACGAUCUCUGAUAUACAUACACAGUAAACAUGAGGGUUUAAAGUAAGAGGGAGUAGAUGUUGUACAUUAUUUUGAGGUCAUUUUUGAAACUCAUCAACCAUUAUUUAGUUUUACCAACGCUACAUUUGUUAAUCACGCUAAGUGUAUCCGACUUGAAUGUGAUGUUCAAGUAUACUCAUCAGUUGUGAAGAAAAUAAUAUUUUAAGAAAUUAUUAUUAUUCAACACACAUCUAAAAAUAGAA